UAUCACUCCCUUUUCUUUGUACGUUUAAUUUUUUCCAUAUAUCCUCCAAUCCAUUUUAUUCAAUCUUGAAUUAAACAAUCAAAAACUCCUUUUAUCUUAAAAAUGGCACUGAUACAUUCAUUUCAAAAACCAAACAAACCAUUAACCCCUUUUACUUGUUCCAAUAUUCCUAACAACCCCACCUUAAACAAACCAAAAAAAAUGUCCCUGAAUUCCCACAACAUCACCAGAAGAACAACUGUAAUAAUUCUUUGCCCAACAAUUUCAUUCAUCCUUCAAAGUGAACAACAAAAUGCCAAUGCAUUUGAUUUCAGAAUUACAACUCCAGACCAAACACUUGAAGAAGCAGAGAAUGGAAUUCAAACUCAUGCACAUAAUUUAUUACAAGUCAAAGAAUUAUUAGAGGCAGAAUCUUGGAAAGAAGCUCAAAAAGCAUUGAGAAAAAGCUCAGCUUUAUUGAAACAAGAUAUCUAUACUAUAAUUCAAGCUAAACCAGGUAAACAAAGGCCUGAAUUGAGGAAAAUGUAUUCAAUUCUGUUCAAUAAUGUUACAAGAAUGGAUUUUGCAGCUAGGGAUAAGGAUGUGCCACGUGUAUGGGGCUCUUAUCAUAAUAUUGUCACAGCUCUUAAUAAUCUUUUGUCAAGACUGUAAUAGCUAGUGUACCUUUUCUAUAGUCUUGCAAAAUAAAUUUCAUUUUUGGGAUGUUUCGUUUUAAAAAAAUCAAGUUUUGUUUACUAUGUAUGAUGUAAUUAAUUAAGAGCUACUCUUAUAAUCAGAUCUUAUAUAUGUAAUUCCUUGCGGUUGAGU